AUGCUGCUCAGAGCAGCUCGAUCGCCAUGUUGGCGCCCAGCGCUACACUCACACCUACGCGUUGCCGGUCGUCCCGCAUGCACGAGACCAAACCCACGACCAAUCCAAACACAACUACGCAUAUUCUCCUCUACUGGUCUCCUCCGAAAUCAAACUCCAAAAAAUCAGGAUAUCGAUUCUAAGAAGGAGAAUGCCGCGGCGACCGAGCCCGCACAAUCGCCGUCGCCGCUGCCAAAUGUUAUCGCUGCUUCGAAGCCGGAGGAGGUGGAGACACCAACACCUAAGAAGGAUAUGUUGAGUGAGGCUGCUAAGGAGAAGAAGGAGCAGCGUAGAGCAGAUUGGGCGAUUAUGAGGGAAAUGGCUAAAUAUCUUUGGCCGAAGGAUGAUUGGGGAACAAAACUUCGUGUUGGAACAGCAUUGUCACUGCUAGUUGGAGCAAAGAUCCUCAAUGUCGAAGUGCCAUUCUACUUCAAGAGUAUCGUCGAUUCCAUGAACGUGGACUUUGCCACUCUCGGCGGAACUGCGUAUACUGUAGCUGGAUCUAUGAUUAUAGCAUAUGGAGCAACUCGCAUCGGAGCCACACUGUUCCAAGAACUUCGAAAUGCCGUCUUUGCCAGUGUUGCACAAAAGGCCAUCCGAAAAGUUGCAAGCAACGUCUUUGAGCAUCUUCUCCGUCUGGAUCUUAAUUUCCAUCUCUCGCGUCAAACUGGAGGUUUGACCCGGGCCAUCGAUCGUGGUACCAAGGGUAUUAGUUUCCUGUUGACAUCAAUGGUCUUCCAUGUUGUACCAACAGCACUAGAAAUCUCUCUGGUGUGCGGUAUUCUGACUUACCAAUACGGUCUUCAAUUCGCUGCGAUCACAACAACCACAAUGAUUGCUUACACUGCAUUCACUAUUACUACCACCGCAUGGAGGACCAAGUUCCGACGCCAGGCCAAUGCAGCCGAUAACCGCGGAGCUACAGUCGCCGUCGACUCGCUUAUCAACUACGAAGCUGUCAAAUAUUUCAACAAUGAGAAGUUCGAGGUAGCCCGCUAUGACAAGGCCCUGAAGAAAUACGAGGACGCCUCAAUCAAGGUGACCACAUCUCUGGCGCUACUAAACUCCGGCCAAAACAUGAUCUUUUCCACCGCGCUAGCAGCAAUGAUGUACCUUGCCGCCGACGGUGUCGCAACAGGGUCCUUAACAGUUGGUGACCUAGUCAUGGUGAACCAACUGGUUUUUCAGCUCUCCGUGCCUCUCAACUUCCUAGGCUCUGUCUACCGCGAACUGCGCCAAUCUCUGCUGGACAUGGAGACGCUGUUCAACCUGCAAAAGGUCAACGUGACUAUUAAGGAGCGACCGAAUGCCAAAGCCCUUGAGCUGAAGCGUGGUGGUGAGAUCCGCUUUGAGAAUGUCACUUUCGGCUACCACCCCGACCGACCCAUUUUGAAGAAUGCCACAUUUACGAUCCCUCCUGGAUCGAAAUUCGCCAUCGUGGGCCCUAGUGGAUGCGGCAAGUCUACAAUCCUUCGUUUGCUCUUUCGCUUCUACGACACUCAGUCGGGCCGGAUCCUGAUCGAUGGACAAGAUGUGCGGGAUGUCACGCUUGAAAGCCUCCGGAAGGCUAUUGGUGUCGUGCCACAGGAUACCCCAUUGUUCAACGACACGGUUGCUCACAAUAUUCGGUACGGCCGGAUCGAUGCUACUGACGAGGAGGUGAAACGGGCCGCUGAGCGAGCUCAUAUCCAUCAGCUUGUUGCAGGAUUACCGGAUGGAUAUGACACCGCUGUUGGCGAACGUGGAAUGAUGAUAUCUGGUGGUGAGAAGCAGCGAUUGGCUAUUUCUCGAUUAAUCCUUAAGGACCCGGAGCUUCUUUUCUUUGACGAAGCUACUUCUGCGCUCGACACCUAUACUGAGCAGGCUCUGUUGCAAAACAUCAACAGUAUUCUCAAGGAGAAGAAGCGUACAAGUGUAUUUGUAGCUCAUCGACUUCGCACCAUCUGCGACAGUGACCAGAUUCUGGUAUUGAAGGAAGGUCAUGUGGCUGAGUCAGGGUCGCAUCGCGAACUCCUCGAGUUGGGAGGUGUUUAUGCAGAGCUAUGGAACGCGCAAGAACGGACCAUGGAACACGAAGAAGACGAAGAAGCACCAAAGAACUAG